GAUAGCACUUAUUGAUAUACAAUUUCUUGACUUGUCGGUAAAACAUAGUGCAUUUUCGAUUGGGAUCCGAAUACCUCGUGUUAAAUAUCCCACAAAUAUUGGCCAAUGACAUUAAACUGUAUAUACGGCCAAUUAUUCGAAUUCUUUAUUUGACAAAAGCCCAAAACCGAAAAAGCAAAAGUUACUUUUUUAAAUUAUUAAUGGCCACCAAAAUGUUGAUAAGGACUAGUGAGUGUAAAUAUAGAGUGGCUUUUAUUAUAAGAGUGAUAUUUUUUCUCGGUAUCGCGUCUAUGUACUGCCUAAUAACCAGCAAUGCUGAAAAUAAACAAUUAAAUAAUAUUAGCCCAGGUGAAUCAUAUUCAAGUCGUCACCUGUUAACUUUAGUCGAAAGCAAUGCUAAUUGUACUCCGGCAGCAAUUUUGGAAUUUCCAUCCGAUGGUCUAACGAGAUUUCAGAGACAGCAUGGUUAUAUUCUAAUUCAUUGUGUACUGGCGAUAUACUGUUUCCUUCUGCUGGGCACCGUCUGCGAACAAUACUUCGUGCCUGCGAUCGAGAUAAUAUGCGAACGCUUAGACAUGGCAUCCGACGUAGCUGGAGCAACCUUCAUGGCGGCUGCCAGUUCAAGUCCAGAACUGUUCAUCAACUGCGUAGGCACAUUUGUGACGGAAGGAGAUUUAGGAGUUGGGGCAAUAGUAGGCUCCGCAGUGUUCAAUGUCCUUGCUGUGCCUGCAUGCUGCGCCUUGGUUGCUGGCAAAAGUAUUGAAUUGGACUGGUGGUCAGUAUCUCGAGACUGCAUGAUGUACGCAGUAGCUGUAGUGGCCUUGAUACUAACGCUGCUUGACGACAAGGUCUUCUGGUACGAAGCACUUCUACUCGUACUGAUGUACACUUUUUAUAUUCUCGCUAUGGUCUACAAUGGAAGUCUUGGUUCAUUCGCUAGAAGUGGCUGUUGCUAUUUCAACAAACCCAAGAAAUACACUGAAAUUACUCCACUUCUACAUAAAGAAAAAAGUAACCCUUUGGAGGCCUCGCAACGCAUGACGCAUGUCAAUCAAAACAUCAAUGACUUGGAGAACGGAAUUGAGGUUACAAAACGACAUAAUUCAACUGAUUCUGAAUCAAGUUUAAACUCUCUCUGGUCGUGGCCAGAUGAAAAAACAUCUGGCACCCAAAAAAUCUUGUGGAUGGUGACGUGGCCGAUCAGCUUGAUACUAUGGAUCACCAUACCUGACUGUCGUAAGCGCACCCGGCUCUAUCCUCUCACCUUCAUCAUGUGUGUUACUUGGAUAGGAGGAGUAUCUUACUUGGUAGCCUGGAUUAUUACUAUUGUUGGUGACACUCUUAAUGUACCCGACAGUAUAACAGGACUAACAAUUUUAGCAGCAGGCACAAGUCUCCCGGAAGCAGUGUCCAGUGUUCUUGUAACAAAUCAAGGACACGGAAAUAUGGGUAUAAGCAACUCCAUAGGUUCCAACACCUUCGAUAUACUUCUGUGUUUGGGGCUGCCUUGGCUUAUUAAGUCACUGUUCUAUCCGUCCUAUCCCGACAACCACUGGGUAAAGAUAAAUUCCAGCGGGUUAUCCUACAGCGCCAUCUCUCUCCUUUCCACGUUAUUAGCUCUAUACAGUUGUCUUGCUCUGAAUAAAUUUCAAUUAGACUGGAAAAUAGGAAUCACGUGUGCGUUCAUUUACGCCGGGUUUUUGUUAAUGGCUUCUUUGAUUGAACUUAAUAUUCUUUUUGAUGUGAAUUUACCAAUUUGUGCCCAUUUAUAAGUAAAACUACUGAACUUUAAGAGAAAAAUGAUUCGGAGUUUUUAACGGUUUUAUUUAAGUAGUUUUAUUAAAAACAUUUUACUUAUUAUUAUUAAUUAGCAAGUUGUGGCCGUUACUUAAAAUAUAAUUUUCACCGUAUCCAACAACUGUAGAAACUAUUCAAUUGUUUAUGAAACAAAUUAUUCGUGUUAAAAAAUGUUAACUAAACAGUUGCUUUGUAACUGCUUCAAUUUUAUCCGUAAGGGCCUAUACAGAUUAUUAUAAGGAAAUAUAUUAUUACUAUAUUA